GUGUGCACUUCCCGAGGUGGGCGCAGGGGGUGCAGAAAAAGGUGCACCCGCCGACCCGGCAUUCACCCCGCUUUCCAGCCUGAGCGCGUGGCUCCGGGAGCCGCCCCCGCCUUAAAAUCCAACCUUUACUCCCACCUCACCGCCGGUCCUGCCCUCGCGUCCCGUGUGGCGCUAGGGCCGGCGCACGCCACCUCCGGGAUCUGGGGUCGCAACUCGCAUUCCACGCCGCGCGCCACUAGCUCCAGGUGACAUCAUCCCCUGCCGGGCUCCGCCUCCCGCCCCAGCCGCCUCACGCCGCGCACUUAUUGGCCGGCGCUCCUUGAGCUCCGCCUUCCGCUCUCCGCCCGCGCGACCCCUCCCAGUCCGCGCGAAGGCGGGGUUUAGCCACCGGCCGGCUCCGACAACGUCUCCCAUUGGCCAUUCAGAGCCGUCUGUCAGUCUCCUGUUAAAGGGGCCACGACCGCACGGGAGCUGUUGUGGGGGGGGAGGGAGGAGGAAUUUUUUUGGGGGGGAGGUGGGAUUUGGGGGGCGCUGGUGGGCACCCCUGGAUCUGGCGGCUGCGGCCUCGCGGGGGGGAGGCUGAACGGUGAUAGGGGCAGGGGGCUAUUUUAGGGUAGAGGGCUGUGAGACCGUGAGGGGGAGGGGGGGUCCCCAGCGCCCAAGCCGGAGCCAGAGACGCGGAGCCCGCGCGAGCGGCGGAGACAGGGCUCCGGAGCCACAGAUCCGGGCCCCGGCCGCCGCCAGGGGCCCCGCCCGGUCCCCCCACCCCACCCCACGUCCCUCCUGCAGCCCAGCUCCGCCCGCAACCGCCGCGGACCAGGCCAGCACCGCCGCCAUGAUGUGCGAGGUGAUGCCCACCAUCAGCGAGGAUGGCCGGCGGGGCUCGGCGCUGGGCCCGGACGAGGCGGGCGGCGAGCUGGAGCGCCUUAUGGUCACGAUGCUUACGGAGCGCGAGCGCCUGCUGGAGACGCUCCGCGAGGCGCAGGACGGGCUGGCUACGGCGCAGUUGCGGCUGCGCGAGCUGGGCCACGAGAAGGACUCGCUGCAGCGCCAGCUCAGCAUCGCUCUGCCCCAGGAGUUUGCGGCUCUGACGAAAGAACUGAACUUAUGUCGGGAGCAGCUGCUGGAGCGGGAGGAAGAGAUUGCAGAGCUGAAGGCGGAGCGCAACAACACGAGGCUUCUCCUUGAACAUCUGGAAUGCCUGGUGUCCAGGCACGAGAGGUCACUGCGCAUGACCGUGGUAAAGCGCCAGGCCCAGUCCCCGGGUGGGGUCUCUUCCGAGGUGGAGGUGCUCAAGGCUCUAAAAUCCCUCUUCGAGCACCACAAGGCCCUGGAUGAGAAGGUCCGGGAGCGACUGCGGAUGGCGCUGGAGCGGGUGGCGGUGCUAGAGGAGGAGUUGGAGCUGAGCAAUCAGGAGACCCUGAGCCUUCGAGAGCAGCUGUCUAGGCGCCGGUCGGGGCUGGAGGAGCCCGGCAAGGAUGGGGAUGGGCAGCCCCUGGCCAAUGGCCUUGGUCCUGGCGGGGAUUCGAACCGGCGGACCGCGGAGCUGGAGGAGGCCCUGGAGCGGCAGCGUGCGGAGGUGUGCCAGCUGCGAGAGCGCCUGGCGGUGUUGUGCCGCCAGAUGAGCCAGCUGGAGGAGGAGCUGGGCACCGCCCACCGCGAGCUGGGUAAGGCCGAGGAAGCUAACGCCAAGCUCCAGCGCGACCUCAAGGAGGCGCUUGCGCAGCGGGAGGAUAUGGAGGAGCGGAUCACCACCCUGGAGAAGCGCUACCUGAGUGCCCAGCGAGAGGCCACGUCUCUGCACGAUGCCAAUGACAAGCUGGAGAAUGAGUUGGCCAGCAAGGAGUCGCUGUACCGGCAGAGUGAGGAGAAGAGCCGUCAGCUGGCGGAGUGGUUAGACGACGCCAAGCAGAAGCUGCAGCAGACACUGCAGAAGGCGGAGACCUUGCCGGAGAUAGAGGCCCAGCUGGCCCAGCGGGUGGCGGCGCUCAACAAAGCUGAGGAACGUCACGGGAAUUUUGAGGAGCGGCUUCGGCAGCUGGAGGCCCAGCUGGAGGAGAAGAACCAGGAGCUGCAGCGGGCGCGGCAACGGGAGAAGAUGAACGAUGACCACAAUAAGCGGCUGUCAGAGACGGUAGACAAAUUGCUGAGCGAGUCCAACGAACGGUUACAGCUGCACCUCAAGGAGCGCAUGGGGGCUCUCGAGGAGAAGAAUUCACUGAGCGAGGAGAUAGCAAACAUGAAGAAGCUUCAGGAUGAACUCCUGCUCAACAAGGAGCAGCUCUUGGCAGAGAUGGAGCGGAUGCAGAUGGAGAUCGACCAGCUUCGGGGGAGGCCACCGUCCUCCUACUCCAGGUCUCUCCCCGGAAGUGCCCUGGAGCUCCGUUACUCCCAGGCACCCACACUACCUUCUGGUGCCCACCUGGACCCGUAUGGGGCUGGCAGUGGCCGGGCAGGCAAGAGGAGCCGCUGGUCAGGGGUCAAGGAUGAGCCCUCCAAGAGACAGGAGUGGGAGCGGUCUGCCCCUGCAGGGUCCAUGCCACCUCCAUUCCCUGGGGAGCUGGAUGGCUCAGAUGAGGAGGAGGCUGAGGGGAUGUUUGGGGCUGAGCUGCUCUCCCCCAGCGGACAGGCCGACGUGCAGACACUUGCCAUUAUGCUUCAGGAGCAGCUGGAAGCCAUCAACAAGGAGAUCAAGCUUAUCCAAGAGGAGAAGGAGACAACGGAACAAAGGGCAGAGGAGCUAGAGAGCCGGGUGUCUGGCUCUGGCCUUGACUCCCUGGGCCGCUACCGCAGUAGUUGCUCACUGCCCCCCUCCCUCACUACCUCUACCCUUGCCAGCCCCUCCCCUCCCAGCUCUGGCCACUCAACACCCCGUCUGGCACCACCUAGCCCUGCCCGUGAGGGCACCGACAAAGCCAAUCAUGUCCCCAAGGAGGAAGCUGGGGCUCCACGAGGGGAGGGGCCAGCCAUCCCAGGAGACACCCCACCUCCCACUCCCCGUUCUGCCCGCCUUGAGAGAAUGACACAGGCCUUGGCACUGCAGGCGGGAUCCCUGGAAGAUGGUGGGCCCUCGCGGGGAAGUGAGGGCACCCCAGAUUCCCUGCACAAAGCCCCCAAGAAGAAGAGCAUCAAGUCAUCCAUAGGCCGUCUCUUUGGCAAGAAGGAGAAGGGGCGAAUGGGACCACCAGGCCGGGACAGCUCUUCUCUGGGAACACCCUCAGAUGAGACACUGGCCACAGACCCUCUGGGGUUAGCCAAGCUGACGGGCCCAGGAGACAAGGACCGACGGAACAAGAGGAAGCACGAACUUCUGGAAGAGGCCUGCCGCCAGGGCCUGCCCUUUGCUGCUUGGGAUGGGCCCACCGUGGUCUCCUGGCUGGAGCUGUGGGUAGGCAUGCCUGCAUGGUAUGUGGCUGCCUGCCGGGCCAACGUCAAGAGCGGGGCCAUCAUGGCCAACCUGUCCGACACGGAGAUCCAGCGGGAGAUCGGCAUCAGCAACCCGCUGCACCGGCUCAAACUGCGCCUGGCCAUCCAGGAGAUGGUUUCCCUCACCUCGCCCUCAGCGCCCGCCUCCUCCCGCACGUCCACAGGAAACGUGUGGAUGACACACGAGGAGAUGGAGUCCCUGACGGCCACGACUAAGCCUAUCCUGGCAUAUGGUGACAUGAACCACGAGUGGGUGGGGAACGACUGGCUGCCCAGCCUGGGGCUGCCCCAGUACCGCAGCUACUUCAUGGAGUCGCUGGUGGACGCCCGCAUGUUAGAUCAUCUUAACAAGAAGGAGCUCCGGGGCCAGCUCAAGAUGGUGGACAGCUUCCACAGGGUGAGUCUGCAUUAUGGGAUCAUGUGCCUGAAACGGCUCAAUUAUGACCGGAAGGACUUGGAGCGGAGGCGGGAAGAGAGUCAGACCCAGAUCCGGGACGUGAUGGUGUGGUCCAACGAGCGGGUCAUGGGUUGGGUGUCCGGGCUGGGACUGAAGGAAUUCGCCACAAACCUCACGGAGAGUGGGGUGCAUGGGGCGCUGCUCGCCCUGGACGAGACCUUCGACUACUCCGACCUGGCCUUGCUCCUGCAGAUCCCCACACAGAAUGCGCAGGCCCGGCAGCUCCUGGAGAAGGAGUUCAGCAACCUCAUCUCCUUGGGCACCGACAGGAGGCUGGACGAGGACAGCGCCAAGUCCUUCAGCCGCUCCCCGUCCUGGAGGAAGAUGUUUCGAGAGAAGGACCUCCGAGGCGUAACCCCCGACUCAGCUGAGAUGUUGCCCCCUAACUUUCGUUCGGCCGCAGCGGGGGCCCUGGGAUCUCCGGGGCUCCCUCUCCGCAAGCUGCAGCCCGAAGGCCAGACUUCUGGGAGCUCCCGGGCAGACGGCGUUUCGGUCCGGACCUACUCCUGCUAGUGUAGGCCUCCAGGUGACCUCACUCGGAUGGAAGAAUCUUCCAGAGGCUGGGCUGUUCCCCCUCCUGCCCAGAGUAUGGUCUCGCCGGGGAGAGCGGGCGGGGGAGCUCGCGCCGCGGACUGGACCAUCUGUACAGACGAGCGGGGAGUGCGAGUCCCCGCCUCACAAAAGGACUGGGCCUGGACCAAACCACACGAACUGGACUGAGAGGGGGAACGAAGAGGGCAGGAAGAAAUCCCGCCCCAAACUUCCGCCUCCCUUUUCUCUACUUUGUAAUUUAUUGAUCAGUUUCCGAUGGGAGAUGGGUGCCCUUUCCCCGCGGGAAGGGAGCGGGGCUUCCCUCCCAGGCCGCAUGCUAGGAGAGGCUGCCCGCUCCCUUUUCUCCUCCCCAGUCGCGGGGCCCAAGUCUUCCUUCUUCGUCCGAAAGGAGGGGAGGGGGGACUCGCUGCUACAAGCCUCGCCCCAUGUGCCACUCAUCCCCGCCCCGCCGCGUCAGGUCGCCGGUGCCUGGGGUCAGCUGCGGGUGGAGUCCCUUCUUCCUCCCCAGUGUCUCGUGUCCCCGGGGCCUCUCCGCCCCCCGUGCUGUGGCCGUGUCCGUGCCCCGGGGGUAGGGGGUGCAGAACUGCGCUCCCGGUUCCCCUCCGGCUCCGGGGUUUGCAUGGGAGAAUCCUCUUUCCACGAUGCCACUGGGCGACGUGGCGUGGGGGGAGGGAGGACGGUGGGGGAGCCCUCGCCCGAGACUCUUGGUCGGCCUCCCUGCCCCAGGCGUCACUCAGUGAUCACGGGUAAAGAGAACUGUUUCAAAAAGC